GACUCAAAUUUCUUUCUAUCUAUAUAUUUUAGAUGUAUAGACAAAGAAACCGAGAAAGCCCGUAAACUUGAAGAAUCUGAUCUUGGUAUACGUAUUGAGGAUUUUGUAAGAAUUGGAGAAACUUAUUGUUGGCAUCUUGACAGUGUUGACGCAUUUACAGGUGCAAUUGCAGAAAUAAGCGUAGAUGGUGGUGUGACAGGACCAACCAACAGCGCCAUAAUAGCGGAGCAGUUUAGAAGAUUAAAGUUUGGAGACAGAUUCUUCUUUACUCAUGGAUACAGACUGAGCGGGAAAAGAGAGAAAGGGUUGGAAUUGAUUGCUAAAUCCCAGGUAUUGAAGCAAUCCAUGGCCUCAAUUUUGUGUAACAAUUUAAAGAGUUACACUAUUCCCGCGAGAGAAAAGAAAAAAUGGAGAAUGUUAGAAUUUCCAUUCAAGGUUGGGUCACGAUGGUUGUCCUGUACGAAAAUAUUAAGAGAUGCUGCAAUGGAUUUUAAAACUAUGGCUCGAGAAAUCGUCAAUUCUAGAAAGAGAAUUGAGUCAAACUGUAAACAAGGAAAUGGGAGAAACGCUAAAUGUAAUGAGUGCACUAAUGAUGAUGAUUGUCUAGAUGAAUAUAAUGAAGAUUAUGAAUGUGUGGAAAAUGAAUGCUUACUAAAAUCGUUCACAUGUUUCGACAACUUUGAUUGCGAUGUGAAUGAGAGAUGUGUCGAUGAAUUCUGUGUCAAGAGAGAAAAAAGAAACAACAGAGGAAGAGGAAGAGGAGGAAGAGGAGGAAGAGGAGGAGGGGGUAGGGGUGGAAGGGGUUAAAGAAUAACAAAUUAU